AUAAAACUUAACCAUUGUUGGUUCGUUCUUUCUUGCGAGCGAAUGCGAUUAUCUUGUUCGUUUGGCGAUUUUAAAAAAAUAAUGUUUUCUUUCAUUUUUAAAAAGAAGAGUUUUAAGAAUUGGAGGCUAUUAUGCCGUGGAACAAAAGUUCACCCAAUGGAAGGCGAUAUAGACAAUUCGGCCCAUACUGUGGGAAAGGAAGAGUGCAGGAUUGCAGAUCUUCCAGUGGUCUUAUCAGGCGGUGACACUAUGACCCCUCCGCUAGAUCGAAGCUUGAGUGUAAGCUUGCUGUCGCCUACAGCAGAUAACAUGUUUGACACAGAUUCCCAUAAAUUGAAUUCCGCCGAAAUGACAAAAAUGCACGACCUAUCGCGUUGGUGGGAUAUGCACAACACGCUGCAAACCGAACGCUUUCCAAAUGUUCGGCCAUGCAUUUCAUUUUUAGGCGAAUUAUGUGAUAAACCGUGCAUGGACAGCAUGUAUUUCUCGAUAUGGAAAACAACUUGGUUCUCUGAACAGCUGACGAAUGACAACGUUUUCAUUCUACACCAAACAGAGAAUCCGGACGAGACGCCUAUAGAAAAGUUGAGGCGGUUGACGAGGUUCCUGAUGAAGUUUUCAAUUUAUCGGUUUCCUGAACAAAAUCAAAAUGAAACGAUUGAACAAACAAUAAGUAGAAUUCUCAUCUCUGCCCAAAAGCAAGAGAUUCUUAUUCCUUCCUCAAAUGAUACAAUCGAUAAAUACACUUUGAGCACCACACGUUUAGUCGUCGUGGAUAACAAAGUAAAAGUAGAGGAGGUGGAGAAAAAAGGGAAGAAAAAGUCUAAAUCUCGACGUUGGUGGAAUGUAUUUUGCUGCAGUCGUGAUUAAGUUCCCAUAGCAGCUUCUUUCUUCCCAGACAGAUUCGUAACGUAUUUCAAUCUAAUAUAUGGUACUUAAUGUUUUGAACUAUUUAUCGUAUUAUUACAAAAAGGUCGUGAUACAAUUUCAGUACUAACAUCCGAAACUGCUGAGUGUUAUUCUACCACUCGAUUUUGUAACGAAAGGACACCAUUUAACCACAGUUAAAAACGUCGUUUCUCACACCUAUUACAAGAAAAUUUCUCCGAAGGCAUCAAAUCUCGUCAACACAAUAGUAAAAGAUAAAUAAACCCUGUUAGUUAAACCGUAAAAUCUUCACCAAAUCCUGUAACGUUUAGGUAAAGUUUCGUGAAUUUCGGUUACUCUGCCGCAAAAAGUUCACCAAAUCCUGUUCGAAACUGCAAAAAUUUUGACAAAUCUGUAAUAUCUGCAUAAACAUUUCAUGAAAUUUUCUAACGCCUCUGCAAAAAUUUAAUGAAAUUCUGUGAUGCUCCAUAAAUAGUUUCAUCAAAUCUUACACAGCCUUAGAAAAACUAUCAUCAAAACUUGUAACGUUUCAUCAAAUUCUCCAACGUCUCCGAAAAAAUUUUACCGAAUCCUGUAUUACUGUACUUGAAUAAAAGUUUUCUGACCUCCUGUAACGCCUCCGUAAGAAAUUUUUAUCAAAUCCAGUAAUAUCUCCAUAAUAGUUUCAUCAAAUCCUGCAAUGCCUUCGUAACAGUUCAUCAAUUCCUGCAACGCCUCCAAAACAGUUCAUCAAUUCCUGCAAAGCCUCCAAAACAGUUCGUCAAUUUCUGC